CCUAAAGCCCCCCGUCUCAUGCAAUGGAUCCACAUGUCCUGUUGUUAAACGGCAUCAUCACACUUUGGCAAACCUGAAACAACAGCAAGAGCAAAAACCCUAUCUCUUAUUCCUUCCCCACCAACACAACCCUAUCUCCUUGCCCUACCUCACCAGACCAGAGAUUUUCCUUCCUUUGGCAUUUAUUUGUGUGUUGUUAUACCGUGUUUACUGAUAAAAAACAAGAACUUGAAGCCAUGGCCUCAAGGAUCCACGUCCCUGUUUCCACAACACAAGGAACACCACCUUCACUACCAUCAUCUGCAGGUUUUCUCCCUAUCCGAGCUCCUAUAACUGUUGAUGAUUUUCAAUCAGAUGGUUAUAAAACUGACACCUCUGAUAGCGACAUUGGUAGUAGUCGUAGUGGUACUGGUAGUAAUAUUGAUAACGGGUUUGUGAGUGGUGAAGAAGAGUUUGAUUCUGCAUCCGAGAGGCCUUUUUUAGGCGACCCAGAUGAGGAAAACAGUGAAGAGGGUGAUUUUGGUGGCAUGUAUCGGGUUUCUAGGCCUUUUGUGGCUGACCCAGAUGAAGAAAAUUCAGUUCUUGAGGAGGUAGAGGAGGAGGAGAGUGGUGUAACUGAUGAAUUUAUCCCUGUUGUUGGGUUGGGCAGUGCGAAUUCGAAUGGAGUUAGGCCUAUUGCACAGUUGUCAAUGGAUGAUGAUGAAUUUGAUAAGGUGACUGGUGAUGAGGGAAUGGUGAGUGAAGUGGACUAUGGAAGCUUUUCAGGUGUUGUCAAAGUUCCUAGUUUUGGGGCUCAAGAGAUUGUGGAUGUUGCACCUCUAGUUAAGGUGCUGGAUAUUGAAGAAGAUAAAGAAGAUGGGUUAUUGGUUCAGAGUAAUUCUUCUUUUGAUGACAACAAAUCUAGUCUGUCAACGGAGAGGGAUUUUGGAGCUGAUAGUUGUGUUUUGGGUCCUAAAGAUGCUGUUGUGACAAAUGGUUCUGCUAAUGACUCUGGUUCAGUUAAAUUGGUCGAGGACAAUGGUCAUGUUGUCACAGUUACUCAUCCCACGAACUUGUGGGUGAAUGGUGAUUCUCCAGAAAACUCCGAAGGUGAUAAAAUGGAAGAUGUGCGAGAAAGCAAUACAAAUUCCUCUGGUAUCAAAGAUGAAGCAAACGGUGAUUCAGAAACAAAAGGAGGACAAAAAGGCUUACUUUCUCCUGAAAACUUCGAAGGUGAUCAAAUGGAAGAUGUGCGAGAAAGCAAUACAAAUUCCUCUGGUAUCAAAGAUGAAGCGAACCGUGAUUCAGAAACAAUAGGAGGACAAAAAGGCUUACUUUCUGAUGAUGACAUUGAAGAGUUAAUUUUUGGUGGCUCUGGAACAACCAAGCUCAUCAUGAAUGAAUUAGAGCAAAAUUCACCCUUCUCUUCCACCCCAGGUAUUGAAGCUUAUCAUGAUCAUCCGCAGACGAUAGAUGGAGAGAUUACUAUGGACUCAGAUGAAGAUACAGACUCAGAUGAAGAAGCAGACGUGGUUAGAGAUCCAGUAGGAAAACAGCUAUUUGAUUCUGCUGCAUUUGCUGCUCUUUUAAAAGCAGCAACUGGUGCUGAAUUGGAUGGAGGCAGAAUAGCACUAAGCUCUGUUGAUGGUUCUGGAUUAUUUUCUCUUGAAAAUCCUGCUGGUUCAGGUUUCCAGUUUCGCACAAGGAGACAUGCUCCCCCACCAGAUAUGGUAAAGCGUACUUUAAGUGAAGAAGAAAAGAAGAUUUUAGAGAAGAUACAGCACUUAAGGGUGAAGUUCUUGAGGCUUGUCCAGCGACUAGGACAGUCUCCUGAAGAUUCUAUAGUUGAAUCAGUGCUACAUCGGCUGGACCCAGAUGAAGGGAGACGUGUCAGUCGAGAGUUUAGCCUUGAAACUGCUAAGAGUAUGGCCAUGCAGCUUGAAGCAGAGGGCAAAGAUGAUUUAAACUUCUCUGUGAACAUUUUGGUUCUCGGGAAAACUGGAGUGGGGAAGAGUGCCACCAUUAAUUCUAUUUUUGGUGAGAAGAGAGUUGAGAUCAAUGCGUUUGCACCUGCCACAACUAGGGUUAAUGAGCUUGUUGGAACAGUUGAUGGAGUUAAAAUCAGAAUCAUCGACACACCAGGUCUCAGGUCCUCUGUAAAGGAAGAGGCUACCAACCGGAAAAUACUAGCAUCUGUAAAAAAGCUGAUUAACAAGUUUCCUCCAGAUGUUGUCCUCUAUGUUGACCGGUUAGACACCCAUGAUAGAGAUCGCAAUGAUUUGCUGUUGUUAAGUUCGCUUUCCAGAACUCUAACUUCAUCAAUAUGGAAAAAUGCAAUUGUCACUCUGACGCAUGCCACUUCUCCUCCACCUGAUGGACCAUCUGGGUCAUCCCUAGCUUUUGAGGUGUAUGUUGCUCAACGAUCUCAUGUUAUCCAGCAAGCAAUCAGCCAAGCAGUUGGUGAUUCGUACCUGAUGCAUCCGAGUAUGAAGCAUCCGGUGUCUCUUGUUGAGAAUCAUUCUUUGUGCCAGAAGAACGAGAACGGAGAAAAUGUCCUCCCUAAUGGACAAAGCUGGAGACCCCAAUUGUUACUGCUGUGUUACUCACUGAAGGUUUUGUCUGAGGCAAGUUCUAUAUCCAAGCCUCAAGAUCUUAUUGACCAUAAGAAGCCUUUUGGUUUACGGCUCCGCUCUUUACCUCUACCCCACCUCGUGUCUUCUCUGUUGCAUUCUCGCCCUCAUCUAAAACUCCCUACUGAUCUGGUUGAUGAGGACAUUGAUUCAGACAUGGACUUGGUUGACCUCCCUGAUUCGGAUGCAGAAGAUGAGGAUGAAUAUGACCAGCUUCCACCAUUCAAGCCUUUGAGGAAAUCUCAGGUUCAGAAGCUCAGCAAAGAGCAAAAGAAAGCUUAUUUUGAGGAGUAUGAUUAUCGGGUGAAACUCCUUCAAAAGAAGCAGUGGAGAGACAAUUUGAAAAGGCUGAAGGAGAUAAAGAAGAGAGGCAAAGAUUGCAGUAAUGACAUUGGGGAAGAUGUGGACCAGGAAGAUGAAGGUCCAGCACCAGUGCCUGUGCCUCUGCCUGACUUUGUCCUUCCACAAUCGUUUGACAGUGACAAUCCUUCAUACAGGUACCGAGCUUUGGAGCCUGCAUCACAGUUUCUUGUCAGGCCAGUUUUGGAUGCCCAGGGCUGGGAUCAUGAUUGCGGAUAUGAUGGUGUUAACAUCGAAAGUAAUCUUGCUAUUGCUGGUCGGUUUCCUGGUGCUUUUACUGUUCAAAUCACAAAAGAUAAGAAGGACUUCAAUAUCCAAUUAGAUUCUUCAAUUUGCGCUAAGCAUGGAGAAAAUGGAUCGACUAUGGUGGGAUUUGACAUCCAGACUAUUGGAAGGCAGCUUGCUUAUAUCUUGCGAAGUGAGACCAAACUCAAAAAGUUUAAGAUGAACAAAUCAUCAGCCGGGAUAUCUGUUACUCUACUAGGUGAAAAUGUAGUCACUGGAUUCAAGAUUGAGGAUCAGAUUGCAGUUGGAAAGCGCUUGGCUUUGGUGGGAAAUGCUGGCACUGUGAGAUCAGGUAACGAUACUGCCUAUGGAGCCAACUUUGAAGUGCGGCUCAAGAGUAAAGAUUUUCCUAUAGAGCAGGACCAAUCCACGUUAGGCCUGUCCUUGAUGAAGUGGAGGGGUGAUUUAGGUCUGAUGGCCCAUUUACAGUCUCAAUUCUCCAUUGGUUGGAAUUCCAAAAUGGCUGUCCAUGUUGGAAUGAACAAUAAGCGAAGUGGCCAGAUCUCCAUCAAGACAAGCAGCUCAGAACUGCAAGCUGCACUUAUUGGUAUUGUGCCAAUUGCAGUGUCCAUCCUUCAGAGUAUUUAUCCUGGUUCUAAGGCAGGACGCACAAAUAUACUAGAUCAUUGAGUGCUUUUUCCCAGUUUAAUUAGUGCUAUUAGUCAUCACCUGGGUUUUCAUGGGGAAAUAAACUUUGGUGUUGUGCCAAUUGCAGUGUCCUUCAUCCUUCAGAGUAGUUAUCCUGGUUUGAAUGCAGGACACUCAAAUAUACGAGAUUAUCAAGUGCUUUAUUUCCAGUUUAAUCAGUGCUAUUAAUCAUCACCUAAGUUUUCAUAGGGAAAUAAACUUUCAGCAAAGGCUAUUCACUGUCUUGCAUAUGUUCAUGAUCACAAUAGCUUUGUUCAGUCUUCUGUACAUUUUAUUUAUUUAUUAGGCUUGCCAAGUUUGUACAGUAGGAGAUGAAGGCUACAUAUAGUGCUCUAUGAAGUGGCUUGUUAACUCUUUUGAUUCCUGUUUUCACUAGUUAUCUUAAUUAAUAUAUGAAAGAGCAUAUAGGAAGGUGAAACUCAAAAUUAAAAGGACUUGGGUUCAUUGUAUUUUUUGACAGUGGUUUACUGCUGUAAACUUAACACCAGCCAUGUUUAUUUGUA